AUAAGUUGGAACCAAGUCCAAGAAAAAAUGCACUGGUCGUUGCUUCUGUUACUUGGAGGUGGCUACGCCAUUUCCAAGGCAGCUACGGUGUCCGGGUUGUCCAGAUGGUUGGGUGACCAGCUGAUAUUCUUCCAGUCACUCAACCAGUGGGUUGUCCUGCUUGCCGUCUCCUACGUCGUGUGUUUUGCCACUGAGGUCACCAGCAACAUCACCAUCGCUAAUUUAUUGAUGCCCAUACUUUUACAAAUGUCUGUUAUCCUCCGGAUGAAUCCUCUAUUUUUCAUGUUUCCUGCUACCAUUGCUACGUCAUUCGCCUUCAUGUUGCCAGUGGCAACCCCACCCAACGCCAUUGUCAUCGCUAGUGGGUCUGUCCGUGUUAUAGACAUGGUGACCAGCGGUUUGUUCCUCAACAUUAUUUGUGUGCCGAUUCUUGUUUUCGCUACUUUCACGUGGGGCAACGCCUUCUUCCAGUUUGACCAAGUUCCAGAAGAAUUUUUAAGAAACGUCACACUCUCUACUGAUUCCCAUUAAGAGCCAAAGUAUUUAUUUAAAUGAUUUUCCCAUUACCUACUAAAAACUCUGCAAAUUAUCAUACACUUUGGGUGUGUAUGGAAAAAGUUCUAGUAUACUUCUGUACUCGUUAAAUGUAUUUUAAUAACGAAUAUUAGUAUUGUUAAGCUUAAUGAAUCAAAAAGGUUUCCUCGGCUUCAUAAACGUAAAGUCUAUUUCUGUUUAUUUUGUCGCUCGACUACCAAAGGGUUCAAUUUUUAUUUGGUGUCGUCCAUAAAUGACGUUACACUCUAGUGGUUUGGACUCGUGUGAAAUGUGAGACUAGUGGAGGAGUAUUUUAGAAAGUGUGACGACAAACUUUAGCAAUGACAUAAGAAAUUGAAUAGAACUGUUACUUCACGUUGGUAAAAGAGUUUUUGUGUAAAUUUCAAUAAAAAUUAAUCAAUCUAGGCUGACACUCAGCUGUCUAAAUAUUUUAGAAAAAGUAUGUUUGUAUUUUUAAAUACAGUAUUGAAAGAGGUGGUAG